CCCAUCUGCGCCUCGGUGCUUCCGUGCCUAACCUCAGGUUCUUCCGUACAGUUUUACCUGGCUCGCAGCGGAACGACGGUGCCGUUGUUAGCCCCAAUGCUUCCGAUUUAGUGAUUAAGGAGAAUACACGCACGAUCCUGAUCCGACCGUGCAUUAGUUAACAGCUCGGAAGCGGCGCCACCUGUGGGCGAUCCAGCCCCUCCCCCUCCUCCGCCGCCAUCACCCCCUCCACCGGACGCCCCCCCGUCGAUCUCCCUCCUUCGCGUUCUCUCUCAACCAUCACGAUACGAAUCAGACUCACACGCAACCGUCAUGGCGACUGUGCCUAAGCCCGGUCCGGCAAACCUGCGGCCUGGCGCCGGCCUGGACGAGUGGCUUGAGGAGGCCAAGCAGUGCCACUACCUGCCCGAGCCGGUCAUGAAGCAGCUGUGCGAGAUGGUCAAGGAGGUGCUGAUGGAGGAGUCCAAUAUCCAACCGGUGGUCACCCCAGUCACAAUAUGCGGCGACAUCCACGGCCAGUUCUACGACCUGCUCGAGUUGUUCCGCGUCGCUGGCGGCAUGCCCGGCGAGUCCAACGUGCAGGCCCCCACGACGAGCACGACCGUCAUCACGUCCGACGACAUCGAGCCGCCAACAGAGAUCACAAACCCGAAGCUGAAGCAGAAGGUCAGGAAUGCCGGGGCUGGCGCUGGGACCGAAACCGGGACCGGGAACGGGACCGGGACGGCAGACGACCAUGAAGACGAUGACGCGGCUGCCGCUGCCGAGACACACGAGGGGAGCGCCCCUCCAGCCGACUCGGGCUCGCAGUCCGCAGAGACCCGAUUCGUCUUCCUCGGCGAUUUCGUCGACCGGGGCUACUUCAGCCUCGAGACCUUUACUCUCUUAAUGUGUUUGAAAGCAAAAUACCCCGAUAGGAUAGUCCUCGUGCGCGGCAACCACGAGUCGCGCCAAAUAACGCAAGUGUACGGCUUCUAUGAGGAGUGCCAGCAAAAGUACGGCAACGCGUCGGUGUGGAAGGCGUGCUGCCAGGUGUUCGACUUUCUCGUGCUGGCGGCCAUCGUGGACGGGACGGUGCUGUGCGUGCACGGGGGGCUGAGCCCGGAGAUCCGCACCAUCGACCAGAUCCGCGUCGUCGCGCGCGCCCAGGAGAUCCCGCACGAGGGCGCCUUCUGCGACCUCGUCUGGAGCGACCCGGAGGACAUCGAGACGUGGGCCGUCAGCCCGCGCGGCGCCGGCUGGCUGUUCGGCCACAAGGUCGCCACCGAGUUCAACCACGUCAACGGCCUGACCACCAUCGCCCGCGCCCACCAGCUGGUGAACGAGGGCUACAAGUUCCACUUCCCCGAAAAGUCGGUCGUCACCGUCUGGUCCGCCCCCAACUACUGCUACCGCUGCGGCAACGUCGCCUCCAUCAUGACCGUCGACACCGCCCUGCGCACCAAGUUCGCCAUCUUCUCCGCCGUCCCCGACGACCAGCGCCACAUCCCCGGCGGCCGCCGCGGCGCCGGCGAUUACUUCCUUUAGGGGGUUCACCAACCGCCCUGGAGGAGGGGGAGAAGGAGGAGGAGGAGGAGGAGGAGGGCCGUUCCCGCCGUUGUCGCUUCACUGUCGUUGCUGCAGUCGGUUGCUGGUUGUGAGGACCCGGAGGCUGGCUGGCGGUAGACUGCGUCGCGGCAUUGUGAACUGCCGUCCUUCUCCUUUGGCGGGAGUGGGCCGUUCUGAGCGGCGCUAGGUUGAUGGUAAUGUGGCGUGCCGAGAUCCGCUGAUCUGCUCAGAACUGCGGGGACAGACCGCCCGGGGUGGGG